AGAAAAGGGAAAGAAAACGGUGAAGCAAAAAGGGGGCAAAGAACAGGUAAAGGUGGAGCUAAGGAAGGAAGCUGGCAAUAAAGGGGCAACAAAAGAAACUGGGAAAUUAGUAAAGAGGAGGAUUAGGCAAGGAACGAGGAGAGGGGCCCGGGGUUUCCCCGGCGCCGAGGAGGAGGCUCCCGUGCCUCACAGGGCGUCCGGAGGGGCGGUCUGUUCCCGCUCCGUCCCAAAUCUCGAGGAAACGAAACCGCGGCUCUGCGCCCGCCCCGCGGCGCCUCCACCUCCCGGAGCCGCACGCGUUCGCAGGUGCCACCACAGCUGUGCCCCAGCCCCAGGCAUGCAGUCGCCGCUUCCGCCCUACGAGGUGCUGCCGACCGACGUGAGCAUGGAGGAGAUGCCCCGCAGCACCACGGUGGUGGUGGAGGAGACGCGGCAGCAGGAGCAGCAGCCGCCGCCGCGGGACCACCUGGUGUGGUCCCUGUUCACCACCCUGUACGGCAACUUCUGCUGCCUCGGCCUCCUGGCAUUCGUCUUCUCCGUCAAGUCCAGGGACCGCAAAGUGCUCGGUGACUACAGCGGGGCCCUGAGCUACGGCUCCACGGCCAAGUACCUGAACAUCACGGCCCUGGUGAUCAACAUCGUCAUCGUCAUCCUCGUCAUUGUCUUCGUCUCCCUGGCCUUAGCCGGGGUCUUCAGCCCCCGCCACCCCCCGUACCACCCGUACGGGGGAUACGGGUACGGCCGCAGCUAA